AUGUUAUUUCAAUGUCCUAAUCGAGUUUACAAUGCAUGGAAAGGUCCAUUUCCAAUGAAUGUGGAACAGUUUCGAAAUUAUUUAGAUAUUAAUUAUAAUCUAUUUGGUCAUAAAUCAAAUUUUUCAUUUCAGUGGCUUUCCUUUCAACCUGAAUAUAUUCAAAUUGAAUUUGGUGAUAACUUCAUUGAUUCUCAUUCGGAUAAUUCAUUUCAAGUUACUUAUUAUCAAAUCGGAUAUGGCCGAGUAACAUAUACAUAUCGUCGUGUCAUAGAAUCAACAAUUUUUACACAGUAUAGAAGUCUCUAUUUAAAAGUUGGUUCAUACGAACGAUCGAAAUAUGAUGUAUAUCAUUCAUAUCAAUUUCAGUCGUUAAAUACCAACACAUUACAAUGUAUUGUCAAACAAUUGGGAAUUUUGCCUGAAGAAUUUUCUACUUGGUACGAAAAAUCGAUAUUUAUUAUAAAGAUUGAAGAUCUUUAUCAUCAAAACCCACCAAAAUUUACUUCCAUUCUAAUGUUAAAAUGUGGUGUUAUUGUUGGCUAUUUUUAUAAACCGAGAAAUAUGGAUUAUUUUCCAAGUUAUGGAACUGGUCAUAUUUUUACCGAUAUUGUUCGAUUAUUUGAUAGUUCAUAUCUUCAUCCUCCUUAUUUUUCAUAUCUAUUUGUUGGUUUUUUUAUUUGUUUCCUCUUGGGAAGUUUAUUUCAUGUCAUACAUUUCUUCGUGAUUAUUCGCAAUCGAUCAUCACCAGAGCAAAAUCUACUAGUAAUGGAACAACUAAGAAAAUCAGACAUAAUUUCUGUAGAGGAUUUAGAUAAUCUUCUGAUGAAUACAAGCUAUCUAAAUCAGCAUCAUGAUUGUUUAUUUAUACUUCGUGAUAAAUAUUUUGUGAUGUUUCUGAUCGAUUUCAAUGAAAAUUCACCGAAAAUUCUCAAACAAUUUUAUGAAGAUGUUCCAUUUUUAAUCAUUCCUCUUGCUACAAUCACAAAAGUAAAACUUGAUUGCAUCGUAGUUGAUUCUAAAUAUAUUUAUUUUCCUUCGUUCAUCGAUAAGUAUUACUCGACAGCAGCGGAUUGGUUGCAUAAACGUUCAAUAUUGCUGAGUGAUGAAUAUCGAUUUAGCUGCGAAUGGAAUCAAGUUUCCGAACAAGAGCACGAACGACAACAUCAUUUAAGAUUUCUAAUUAAUGAAGAAAUUCAAUAUCAACAACAUACGUAUCGGCAUGAUAUUAAUAGAAUUUUGGAACGAAUUACAUCAGCACCACCUGAAUUUAUCGCAAAAUUUCGUUUGAUGGAUCCACACAUAGCUAGGAAUGACACGCUUUUAAAUACUUGUUCUAUAUGUCUCGAAAAUUUUCAAUCUAAUCGACGAUUUGGUAUAUGGCCAUGUCCAGGUAGACAUAAAUUUCAUUUCGAUUGUAUGUUAAGUGUCUUAAGAGCUGGAAAUAAAUGCCCACUAUGUCGACAUCCCGUUGAACCAGCAAAUUUACCUGGAAUACAAACUACUUUUUCACUUCUUGCUCAACGAACAAUAACUACAAUGUUCACUUGA